AAAGAGAGAGCGAGGUCCACACACACAAGAGGCUGUCAGCCACGCGUACUUAAUAAACUCUUAUAUUCGUUGCGUUGCGUUGCGUUGGAGUAGGAGAUUAACGGCAAACCGUACACAACAGCUUUCUUAUACUUCGAUGCCUCAAAGAUCUGAGUGAUCACACACACAAACACAAAAAGAGAGAGAGAGAGAGAGUUUAGAUAGAUAGGGUUUAAUUAGGGUUUCCAAUUUGUGGAAGCCACAUGGCCUCCACUGCACAGUCCCUCCGCUUCUCCGCCGGCGCUGCCGCUGCCGCCGCCGCCGCCGCUGCAGCUGCAGCAGCCGGUGCCGGUGCCGGCAGCUUCGACGCCCUCAGCCGAAUCCUCGCCGACCUCUGCACACGUGGCAACCCCAAGGAAGGGGCUUCAUUGGCUUUAAGGAAACAUCUGGAGGAAGAAGCUCGCGAUCUUAGUGGAGAAGCUUUUUCUCGUUUCAUGGAUCAGUUGUAUGAGCGAAUUUCCAGUCUUAUAGAAAGCAGUGAUGUUGCUGAAAAUUUGGGAGCUUUAAGAGCUAUUGAUGAGUUGAUAGAUGUGGCACUUGGCGAAAAUGCCUCCAAAGUUUCUAAGUUUUCUAAUUACAUGCGGUAUGUGUUUGACGUAAAGCGGGAUCCUGACAUUUUGAUCCUUGCUAGUAGAGUUUUGGGCCAUCUAGCUAGGGCUGGUGGAGCAAUGACCGCUGAUGAAGUGGAACGCCAGGUAAAUACUGCUCUGGAUUGGCUUCGUGGGGAUAGAGUAGAGUAUCGCCGUUUUGCUGCUGUCUUAAUCUUGAAAGAAAUGGCUGAAAAUGCUUCGACUGUGUUCAAUGUUCAUGUACCUGAGUUUGUUGAUGCUAUCUGGGUUGCUCUAAGGGAUCCAACAUUGGCUGUUCGAGAGAGAGCUGUAGAUGCAUUGCGUGCUUGCCUUAAAGUUAUUGAAAAGCGUGAGACGCGUUGGCGUGUGCAGUGGUAUUAUCGUAUGUUUGAGGCUACACAAGAUGGAUUGGGUAGAAAUGCUCCUGUUCACAGCAUACAUGGUUCUUUACUUGCAGUUGGGGAGCUGUUGAGGAAUACAGGUGAGUUCAUGAUGUCAAGGUACAGAGAAGUUGCUGAAAUUGUCCUAAGAUAUCUAGAGCACCGAGAUCGGCUUGUUCGCCUGAGCAUAACUUCUCUUCUGCCUCGCAUUGCUCAUUUUCUGCGUGAUCGAUUUGUUACAAACUACUUGACGAUAUGCAUGAAUCAUAUUCUAGCGGUUCUGAAAAUACCUGCUGAACGUGCCAGUGGAUUCACUGCCCUUGGGGAGAUGGCUGGUGCUUUGGAUGGGGAACUAUUGCUCUAUUUGCCGACAAUUACAUCUCACUUGCGUGAAGCAAUUGCUCCACGUAGAGGUAAACCCUCACUUGAGGCUUUGGCUUGUGUUGGGAGCAUAGCAAAAGCAAUGGGCACUGUUAUGGAACCUCAUGUUCGUGGUCUUUUUGAUGUUAUGUUUUCUGCUGGUCUUUCCCCUACACUUGUAGAAGCCCUUGAGCAAAUAACUAUCAGUAUUCCAUCUUUGCUGCCAACUAUUCAAGAUCGGUUGCUUGAUUGCAUUUCAAUGGUUCUUUCCAAAUCCCAUUAUCUUCAGGGAAGGCCAGCUGUUGGCAUGGGAAGAGGAAAUAUUAUGAACAUCCCUCAGCAGACUUCAGACCUUAGUGGUUCAGCCCUAGUGCAGCUUGCUUUGCAGACUCUUGCUCGUUUUAAUUUCAAGGGCCAUGACCUUCUUGAAUUUGCAAGAGAGUCAGUUGUUUUAUAUCUGGAUGAUGAGGAUGGAGCCACACGAAAAGAUGCUGCCCUAUGUUGUUGCAGAUUAGUGGCAAAUUCUUUUUCUGGUAUAGCAUGCACACAGUUUGCCCCUAGUAGGUCGAAUCGAACCGGAGGAAAAAAACGGCGUCUUGUUGAGGAGCUUGUGGAAAAGCUUCUUAUUGCGGCUGUUGCAGAUGCUGAUGUUUCUGUUCGUCACUCUAUCUUUUCAUCUCUGCAUGGAAAUAGAGGUUUUGAUGAUUUUUUGGCACAGGCUGAUAGUUUGAGUGCGGUUUUUGCUGCUUUAAAUGAUGAGGAUUUUGAUGUCCGAGAAUAUACAAUUUCUGUUGCUGGGAGGUUAUCAGAAAAAAAUCCUGCAUAUGUUCUUCCAGCACUUCGUCGCCAUCUCAUACAACUGUUGACGUAUCUGGAGCAGAGUGCAGAUAGCAAAUGCAGAGAAGAAAGUGCAAAGUUACUAGGCUGUCUAAUACGGAAUUGUGAGAGGCUAAUACUUCCAUACAUUGCUCCAAUACACAAGGCACUUGUGGCUAGGCUUCUUGAGGGCACUGGUGUCAAUGCAAAUAAUGGCAUUAUAAGUGGAGUUCUUGUAACUGUUGGGGAUCUUACAAGAGUGGGUGGUUAUUCGAUGAGACAAUACAUUCCUGAACUUAUGCCUUUAAUUGUUGAUGCUUUAUUGGAUGGAGCAGCUGUCACAAAACGUGAAGUGGCUGUUACUACUCUUGGUCAAGUUGUGCAGAGCACUGGGUAUGUUAUAACUCCAUAUAAUGAGUAUCCACAGCUACUUGUCUUACUCUUGAAAUUGCUGAAUGGCGAGUUAGCAUGGUCUACCAGACGGGAGGCACUGAAGGUCCUUGGAAUUAUGGGUGCCCUGGAUCCUCAUGUGCAUAAACGAAAUCAGCUGAGUUUGCCAGGGUUGCAUGGAGAUGUAGCUCGUGCUACCAGUGAUGCAGGUCAUGUUCAGUCCAUGGAUGAUCUGCCUAUGGAUCUGUGGCCAUCUUUUGCUACAUCUGAAGAUUAUUAUCCCACGGUUGCGAUCAAUUCUCUCAUGCGAAUACUUAGGGAUCCUUCUCUUGCUAGUUACCAUCAAAAGGUGGUUGGAUCACUUAUGUUCAUAUUUAAGUCAAUGGGUCUUGGUUGUGUUCCAUACUUACCGAAGGUUUUGCCUGAUCUCUUUCAUACUGUUCGUACAUGUGAAGAUACUCUAAAGGAUUUUGUAACAUGGAAGCUUGGAACUUUGGUGUCUAUUGUGCGUCAGCAUAUUCGAAAAUAUCUGCAAGAUUUGCUGUCUUUAAUUACAGAAUUAUGGUUGUCCUUCAGUUUUCCAGCUACUAGCCGUCCUCCACUUGGCUAUCCAGUUCUGCACCUAGUGGAACAGCUUUGCUUGGCCCUCAAUGAUGAAUUUAGAAUGCAUCUCCAUUUCAUUCUUCCAGGUUGUAUCCAAGUUCUAAGUGAUGCAGAACGGUUUAAUGACUACACCUAUGUUCCUGAUAUCCUCCAUACACUUGAAAUAUUUGGCGGGACGUUGGAUGAACAUAUGCAUCUUCUUCUUCCUGCACUUAUUCGCUUGUUUAAAGUAGAUGCUUCUGUUGAUAUAAGAGCUGCUGCUAUAAAAACAUUGACAAGAUUGAUACCUCGUGUGCAGGUUACCGGUCACAUAUCUUCUCUUGUGCAUCACUUGAAGCUGAUUUUAGAUGGGAAGAAUGAUGAGCUCCGGAAGAAUGCUGUGGAUGCUCUUUGUUGUCUGGCUCAUGCCCUUGGGGAGGACUUCACCAUUUUCAUUCCAUCGAUACAUAAACUUUUGUUGAAACAUCGCUUGCGGCAUAAGGAAUUUGAGGAAAUUGAAGGGCGCUUACAAAGACGUGAACCGUUGAUCUUGGGGAGUAUGGCAGUCUCCCAAAGAUUAAGCCGACGACUUCCAGUAGAGAUUAUUAGUGACCCAUUAGAAAAUAAGGAGAUUGACCCUUAUGAGGAUGGGUCUGAUGUUCAGAAACAUCUCAGAGGCCAUCAGGUCAAUGCUGGCCGAUUGCUCGCUGCUGGGGAGGCUUCUCAGCGUAGUACCAAGGAAGAUUGGGCAGAAUGGAUGAGGCACUUUAGUAUUGAACUUCUGAAGGAAUCUCCUUCUCCUGCCUUACGAACCUGUGCUAGGCUUGCACAGUUGCAGCCUUUCAUUGGGCGUGAGUUGUUUGCAGCUGGUUUUGUUAGCAGUUGGGCACAGCUAAAUGAGACUACUCAAAAGCAGUUAGUUCGCAGCUUAGAGAUGGCCUUUUCAUCUCCAAACAUUCCUCCUGAAAUCUUGGGAACACUUCUGAACUUGGCAGAGUUCAUGGAACAUGAUGAGAAACCUCUUCCCAUUGACAUCCGCCUCCUUGGUGCUCUUGCAGAAAAGUGUCGUGCAUUUGCUAAAGCCCUGCACUACAAAGAAAUGGAAUUUGAAGGAGCUCUCUCCAAGAAGAUGGAUGCUAACCCUGUAGCCGUUGUUGAAGCACUAAUACAUAUAAACAAUCAAUUACAUCAGCACGAGGCUGCAGUUGGAAUAUUGACUUAUGCCCAGCAAAAUUUAGACGUUCAAUUGAAGGAGUCUUGGUAUGAGAAAUUGCAGCGAUGGGAUGAUGCACUUAGGGCUUACACUACCAAAGCCUCUCAAGCAUCUAGUCCACAUCUAGUUUUGGAUGCCGUUGUAGGACGGAUGCGAUGCCUUGCUGCAUUGGCUCGAUGGGAGGAGCUUAACAGCUUGUGCAAAGAAUAUUGGACCCCGGCUGAGCCAGCUGCUCGACUAGAAAUGGCCCCAAUGGCUGCAAAUGCUGCUUGGAACAUGGGAGAGUGGGAUCAAAUGGCUGAAUAUGUGUCUCGAUUAGAUGAUGGUGAUGAAACCAAACUUCGGGGUUUGGGGAACACUGCUGGGGGUGGUGAUGGAAGUAGUAAUGGAACAUUUUACAGGGCUGUUUUGUUAGUUCGUAGAGGAAAGUAUGAUGAAGCACGUGAAUAUGUUGAGAGAGCUAGGAAAUGCCUGGCAACAGAGCUUGCUGCUUUGGUUCUGGAGAGCUAUGAACGUGCUUAUAGCAAUAUGGUCCGUGUUCAGCAGCUCUCAGAACUAGAGGAGGUCAUUGAUUACUGUACACUUCCUGUUGGAAAUCCUGUUGCUGAAGGACGGCGGGCCCUUAUUCGCAAUAUGUGGAAUGAACGCAUACAAGGAGUGAAACGAAAUGUUGAGGUCUGGCAGGCACUUCUGGCAGUUAGAGCUCUUGUGUUACCUCCUACAGAGGAUAUUAAAACUUGGCUCAAGUUUGCUGCUCUUUGCCGAAAAAGUGGGCGGAUCAGCCAGUCUAGAUCUACAUUAGUUAAACUCUUGCAGUAUGACCCCGAAACUUCCCCUGAAAAUAUAAGGUAUUGUGGGCCUCCUCAAGUAAUGCUGGCCUACUUGGAGUACCAGCAUUCUCUUGGAGAUGAUGUCAAGCGAAAGGAAGCAUUUGCUAGGUUGCAGAAUUUGGCUAUAGAGAUUUCAAGUGCCCCAAGCACUCAACUAGUUACCCCAAUUGGCUUUGGAAGCUGUACAAGUUCAAGCGUUCCACUCCUUGCCCGUGUAUAUCUUAAACUUGGAAUUUGGCAGUGGGCACUAAUUUCUCCUUCUCCUGGAUUGGAUGAUGAUUCUAUCAAAGAUAUCCUUAAGGCAUUCAAGAAUGCCACUCAGUAUGCAAACAAAUAUGCAAAGGCAUGGCAUUGGUGGGCACUAUUCAAUACGGCAGUGAUGUCUUUUUAUCUUAAAGUUCCAAAUGUUACAGCACAGUUUGUUGCACAGUUUGUUGUUGCAGCAGUUACUGGAUAUUUUCAUUCAAUAGCAUGUGCAGCAAAUGCUAAAGGUGUUGAUGAUAGUUUACAGGAUAUACUUCGCCUUCUCACAUUGUGGUUCAACCAUGGAUCUACUACAGAAGUCCAAAUGGCUCUACAGAAAGGAUUUUCACUUGUUAAUAUUAAUACAUGGCUUGUGGUUUUACCUCAAAUAAUUGCUCGGAUACAUUCCAAUACCCGUGCUGUGAGAGAACUGAUACAGUCACUUUUGGUGCGAAUUGGACAAAGUCAUCCACAGGCUCUUAUGUACCCUCUUCUAGUAGCUUGUAAAUCGAUAAGCAAUUUACGUAGAGCUGCAGCCCAAGAAGUGGUUGACAAAGUUCGGCAGCAUAGUGGUGUACUUGUUGAUCAGGCACAACUUGUAUCAAAAGAAUUAAUCCGUGUUGCAAUACUUUGGCAUGAGAUGUGGCAUGAGGCAUUGGAAGAAGCUAGUCGUUUGUAUUUUGGUGAACAUAAUAUCGAGGGGAUGCUAAAGGUGUUGGAGCCAUUGCAUGAAAUGCUUGAGGAAGGUGCUAUGAAGAAUGAUACCACGAUAAAAGAGAGAGCAUUCAUUGAGGCAUAUCGUCAUGAAUUACAAGAGGCCUAUGAAUGUUGCAUGAAAUAUAAGAGAACUGGAAAAGACGCUGAGCUUACUCAGGCAUGGGAUCUCUACUAUCAUGUAUUUAGACGGAUAGAUAAGCAGCUUCAAAGUCUUACAACCCUGGACCUGCAGUCCGUCUCUCCAGAAUUGUUAGAAUGUCGUGAUUUGGAGCUUGCUGUUCCUGGGACAUACAAAGCUGAUUCACCAGUGGUGACGAUUGCAUCAUUCGCACCCCAGCUGGGUAUCAUAACAUCUAAACAGCGACCUCGAAAAUUGACAAUUCAUGGGAGCGAUGGUGAUGAUCAUGCCUUCUUACUGAAGGGGCAUGAAGAUUUACGCCAAGAUGAACGUGUAAUGCAGCUUUUCGGUUUGGUGAAUACUCUGCUGGAGAAUUCUAGGGACACUCAGGAAAAGGAUUUGUCUAUUCAACGAUAUGCUGUCAUUCCACUAUCUCCAAACAGUGGAUUGAUUGGUUGGGUCCCAAAUUGUGACACCCUUCACCAUCUCAUUCGGGAGUACAGGGAGGCCAGAAAGAUUGCCCUGAAUCAAGAGCACAAACAUAUGCUGAGUUUUGCCCCAGAUUAUGACCAUUUGCCACUCAUUGCUAAAGUGGAAGUCUUUGAGUACGCCCUGCAAAAUACUGAAGGCAAUGACCUGGCAAGGGUUCUUUGGUUGAAAAGUCGAACUUCUGAGAUAUGGCUAGAGAGGAGGACAAAUUAUACUAGAAGUUUAGCAGUCAUGAGCAUGGUGGGUUACCUUCUUGGCUUAGGUGAUCGUCACCCAAGUAAUCUCAUGCUACACCGCUCUAGUGGCAAGAUCUUGCACAUUGAUUUUGGAGACUGCUUUGAAGCUUCAAUGAACCGGGAGAAGUUUCCUGAGAAGGUACCCUUCCGCCUGACUAGAAUGCUUGUGAAAGCUAUGGAGGUUAGUGGUAUUGAGGGCAACUUCCGUUCAACUUGUGAAAAUGUGAUGCAAGUUCUCCGAACACAUAAGGAUAGUGUUAUGGCUAUGAUGGAGGCCUUUGUUCAUGAUCCUCUAAUUAAUUGGCGUCUUUUCAACUUCAAUGAAGUCCCACAAGUGUCAGUGUUUGCAAGCGCUAAUGUCACUCCUGUUGUGAAUGCUGAAGAAACUGCUCCAAAUAAAGAGCUUACUCACCCUCCACGGGGUGUUCGUGAGAGGGAACUUCUUCAGGCUGUUCAUCAACUUGGUGAUGCUAAUGCUAAUGAGGUCUUGAAUGAACGUGCUGUGGUUGUAAUGAAUCGGAUGAGUCACAAACUUACUGGACGUGAUUUUUCUACUUCCUCCUCUGUAUCCACCAGUUCUAUUCAGCAUGCAGUAGAUCACAGCACCUUGAUUUAUGGAGAAAGCCGUGAAGUUGAUCACGGAUUAACUGUUAAAUUGCAAGUUCAGAAGUUGAUUACCCAAGCUAGAUCACAUGAAAAUUUGUGCCAAAAUUAUGUUGGGUGGUGUCCUUUUUGGUAAAGCAGAAGAGUAGUAUUGUAUUGUUUAUACUGUAUAUAUUUUGUAUAUAGCUGGACCUUUUGAGAAGCCCUUUUCCACUUCUCAGUUGUUGUAUUUUAUGUAUAGAUGCAAUUCCAAUCAAUAAAAGAUGUAUUAUUUCUCAUCAAA